AUGGAGUCACCAUCUUUGUUCGUUCGGUUGCUUUCCUUUCUCAUGUUGACGACGUUGUGCCAUGCUAUAGCAUUUACGCAGUCUUUUAACUCUUCUAUUCAACGAUGCCAUGAUGAUGAAAGCUUGGCCUUGCUGCAAUUCAAAAAUAGCUUCAACAUCUCUAGCUCUUGUUCUUAUUCAAAGCUUGAAUCAUGGAAGCUAAAUCAAGGCGUAAGAUCAGGUGAGUCUUGCUCAUGGGAUGGUGUGGAGUGCGAUGAGAAAACUAAUCAUGUCGUUAGCCUUGACCUAAGUGAGAGUUGUAUUUAUGGGUCUAUCAACUCCAACAGCACUCUCUUUCGCCUUGUCCAUCUUCAAACACUUAAUCUUGGAAGCAACAACUUCAUCCACCCUCAAAUCUCAUCUGAAAUAGGCCAACUCUCCAGGUUAACUCAUCUCGACCUUUCUUUUUCUGGCUUUUCUGGCGAAAUCCCAGCUGAAAUCUCUAAUCUUUCAAGCUUGGUUUCCCUUGAUCUAUCUUGUAAUCUUGAUUUCAUUAGUUAUGAUGGAUUAUUGAAGCUCCGUCAGGCUAGCUUUAGAGGUCUAGUUCAAAACAUGACCAAUUUGAAGGAACUUGAUUUAGAAUGCGUGGACAUUUCUUCAACGGUUCUCGCAAAUCUUUCAUCUUUGGAGUCUCUCCAUCUUUGUGGUUGUGAAUUGCAUGGUGAAUUUCCAGCAAGUUUUCUCGCUUGCGAACUUAAAGAUAAUCGACUUAUGCGAAAAUAUAAAUCUAACAGCCGUCAACUUCCUCAUUGUUUGAGCAAUUUCAGUGAUCUGUCUGUGUUGGAUUUGAGAAGAAACAAUUUUCAUGGAAUUAUUCCUGCAGCCUGGAGAGAUGAUUGUAAAUUAAGAAUGAUUAGCAUCAGUUACAAUCAAUUACAAGGACAAGUUCCAAAAUCAUUAGCCAAUUGUUCAUCGUUACAGUUGGUUGAUUUUGGUAACAACCAAAUAACUGAUACUUUUCCUUCUUGGUUGGGAAAUCUUGUAGAGUUGAGAAUUCUGAUUUUGAGAUCUAACCAUUUUUAUGGUGUGAUAGAUCAAAAACCCAAAACCAAAGGCUUCCCAAGUCUUCGAAUCAUCGACUUAUCCGGCAAUGGUUUCGUCGGAAAGCUGCCAAUGGUGUACUUAGACAUGUGGGAAGCCAUGAAAACCAUCCAAGCAAACCACAUGAUGUACAUGGGGGAAAAUAUAAGGCCCAAUUUCACAGACGUUGAUACUUACUAUGGGGAAUAUGAUUACUCAAUGACUAUGUUCAACAAUGGAGUGAAACUGGAAUACGACAAGAUUCAAGAUAUUUUCCUUGCCAUUGAUCCCUCCACCAGCAGAUUUGAAGGAAAAAUCCCAAAAAUCAUUGGAAACCUUAAAGGGCUUAAUCUCCUCAACCUUUCAAACAACCUUCUCAAGGGUCACAUACCACCAUCUUUAGCAAGUUUGGGCUCAUUAGAGGGAUUAGAUCUUUCAAAGAACAAGCUUUCACGAAGGAUACCUCCAGAGCUCGCUCAGCUCACUUUCCUUGCUUUUUUUAAUGUCUCCUACAACGAGCUUGAAGGGCCAAUACCACAAGGGAAACAAUUUGAUACAUUUCAGAGCAAUCAAUAUGAGGGGAACUUGGGAUUAUGUGGAGCUCCUUUGACAAAGAAAUGUGAAGAUUUUGGGGACUCACCACCAUUUUUUCCAACUUCGGAUUAUGAAAGCAUAGCUCUGGAGUGCAAACCCUCAGAUUUACGCAGAUGCACUUAUUAUCAGACUAAAUCUGUGAGUACAAGCUCUCAACUAUUAUGA